UGUAGCCUGAGCUCCGCACAGACAGUGAGAGACAGCCAUGGAGAGGUGGAGAGCGGACUGUUUUCUUUGUUAUUUUUAAAGUCUUACAAUUCGCAACUAUGACAUUGUCGGCGGUGACUUGUGCAGGUUCAAAUUCCCGAUGCACUCGAAAGCAGCAAGAAGAUUUCCACCGGAGUUUUUUUGCAGUGGCAUAAGUAGAGGUCUGGCUCUAAUUGUUGUGCAGUGUGGGCUCUACCAGGACGUGGUUUAUGGAUGCUGGGACUAUGAGCAUAAGCGACAAAAGGCGCUACUGCGCAGACCUGGGUGGCAGCUUCACUGAGGAUGCUCCCAGACCUCCAGUCCCAGGGGAAGAAGGUGAGCUGGUGUGCAGUGAUGGACGCCAGUACAGCAACCUGGGCUUCUCCUCAAAGAACGAGAGCCUCAAAUGUGAGGCGUCUGUGGCGACGCCCAGGCGGCCUGACUUGGACCUGGGUUAUGAGCCAGAGGGAAGUGCUUCCCCAACACCACCCUACUUAAAAUGGGCAGAAUCUCUUCACUCCCUCCUGGAUGACCAAGAUGGCAUCCAUCUGUUUAGGACGUUCCUUAAGCAGGAGGAGUGUGCAGAUAUGUUGGACUUCUGGUUUGCAUGCAGUGGCUUCCGCAAACUUGAAGCUAAUGAAGGUAACGAGGAGAAGAAGGUAAAACUGGCAAAAGCUAUCUAUAAGAAAUACAUCCUGGACAACAAUGGGAUUGUUUCCAGACAGAUCAAACCAGCUACCAAGUCCUUCAUCAAAGACUGCGUCAUGAAGCUUCACAUUGACCCUGCAAUGUUUGACCAGGCUCAGACUGAGAUACAGACUAUGAUGGAGGAAAACACCUACCCUUUAUUUCUCAAGUCAGACAUAUAUUUGGAAUAUACGCGGACAGGAGGAGAGAGCCCUAAGCUGUACAGCGAUCACAGCUCUGUUUCUGGGAAUGGAAAGGGGCUGUCGGGUUAUUUACCGACUUUAAAUGAAGAUGAGGAAUGGAGAUGUGACCACGAGCCAGAGGAGCAGCCCGAGUGUGACCCCACACCGAGCAACCGGCUUACUCAGAAGCUGCUAAUGGAGACGGCACCGCAGCGUGUUGCCAACUGCGCGAGAUUCCAGGACAGUCACGAGUACAGGCAUGCACCCUGCCGGGAACCCAUCAACCCAUACUAUGUCAACACUGGUUAUGCUAUGGCUCCUGCCACCAGCGCCAAUGAUAGUGAGCAGCAGAGUAUGUCCAGCGACGCAGACACAAUUUCCCUUACCGACAGCAGUGUAGAUGGGGUUCCACCUUACAGAUACCGCAAACAGCAUCGCCGGGAGAUGCACGAAAGUGCCAAAGCAAAUGGGCGAGUGCCACUACCUCAUAUUCCACGCACAAACCGGAUUCCAAAGGAUAUACAUGUGGAGCCGGAAAGGUUUGCUGCAGAGCUGAUCAGCAGACUGGAGGGCGUACUAAGGGAGAGAGAGGCUGAAGAGAAACUAGAGGAGCGACUGAAGAGAGUACGAUUGGAAGAGGAAGGUGAUGAAGUCAUGUCCACAACCACAGCAUUACCCAGUCACAGGGUCCCCCCUGGUGCUUAUCCACAGAAUUACAACCCCCGCUAUGCUGACAUCACCUACAGCGGUCCUUUAAUGAGAGACGCUCAUGAGGAGAACCCUGAGAGUAUCCUGGACGACCACGUCCAGCGGGUCAUGAAGACUCCCGGCUGCCAGUCACCAGGUACAGGCCGUCACUCUCCCAAGUCACGCUCACCAGACUGUUUCCCAGGGGGCAAAGGGAUGGGACUUGGAGCUCUGGUGUCCUUGAGCCAGGGUAGACAUCCAUCCAGGCAUGGUGUCAAGGGAGAGAGCAGCCACCUGUACCACCACAAACACGUGCACCACGUCCACCACACAAACGUUGGGAAGCCAAAAGAGCAGGUGGAGGCUGAGGCAGCCAUGCGUGUGCAUGGCAACUUUCCCUGGAACAUGGAGACGAGUCAUUAUGGAUCAAAGUCUCGCAGCUAUGCAGAUGGCAUGGGAUCCCACCCUGUGGAGCAUACAGGGUAUAGUAGCAAAGGUGGCACCCAAUGUAAGAGAGCAUUCAAGAAAGGUGACGAAGUGCGGCCUUAUGACAUGCCAGGGCCUGCGGAGGAGAUAGAGAAAAACCAGAAGAUCCUUUUGUGGCUGAUGGAAGGACAGAAAGAAAUGGUUCAACAUAAGAGGAGCCCAUAUGGGAGUACCACUGGGUCUAAGAGGGCCAUGGGCCAUGAGGGAUCCCGUCUCAGCUCGGCGGAGCGAUCGGGGUCAGUGCACCCGUGCGUCAGCACCCAACUGCGGAACAAUGUGCAGCCAUCUCACCCUUUCAUCCAGGAUCCCACUAUGCCCCCCAACCCAGCACCCAGCCCCCUUAUUCAGCUGGAGGAGGUGCGCCGGCGGCUUGAGGAGGAGAAGAUUAAGUCUGGAACUUUACAACCCAAGCAAAGGUAUGUGAUGGAGGUGAUCCAGAGGGGUCGCACCGCAGUCAGGCCUGCACUGUUCCCUCCACUCAACGUGGUGCCUGCCGUUUCUGACAGCGAGCUCUCCGAGCCCGAACAUAAAGCCACUAAAAAGCAGCCAUGUGAAAACACUACUGUGGCGUAUUACUUCUGUGAGGAACUGAUACCGUACAGGACGUCUGUCAAAGGGAGGGUCGUCACACUGGGCCAGUUCAAAGAACUGCUAACAAAAAAAGGAAAUUACAGGUAUUAUUUCAAGAAGGUAAGCGACGAGUUUGACUGUGGGGUGGUGUUUGAAGAGGUACGUGAAGAUGACGCUAUCUUGCCCAUUUUUGAGGAGAAGAUUAUCGGGAAAGUCGAAAAAAUUGAUUGAAGUGUGCAUGUUGAAGAGGAAGGAGCCGAAAAGCCAGCACGUAAUAGGCCCGAAAGAGCGAUUGGAUGGCGAAGGGGAAGUGUUUCAGGCUUGAGACCGAAGGAGAGAGAAGAAAGCGAAUACAGUAGAAGUGGAUUUAAGAGUUGAAGAGCAAAGCAGUGGUCACAGCAGAUGACUUGUGACUUUUGAGGCUCGAUAGCACCACUGCAGUGACGUUGGAAGAACUAGAAGAAAAACCUCAUUCACUUUGGAGUGUAAUGUAGCUUUGUAAACUUUACUAGAUAAAUGAAGAACAAAAGUGCUACUAAAGCUACAUAUUUUUGAUAUGAUGUAUCAGAGGGUGUCCUUUCUAAAGUAACCACACUUGUAAUUUUUAUAUGUAUUGGUACCAGAUGUGUACAGUUUGUGUUAAAAGAUAACAAAAUUUUAUAUCUAUUUAAAUAUUUAAGAUGCUCACUUUCGCUCCUAUUGAAGCAGGAGUGUUGCCCCUGUUGAAGACGAUCAAAAUACUUAAUAGGGCUUUUGGUUGUUCCUCAUUCAUUGUAAGAGCCCUGUGGACUCAAAUGUUUGUGCUUGUCUUAGUGCUUUUAAUACUAUACUCACCAGUACUUUAUUUUGUGGCAUUCAGUCAGGCUGCACUUUCAUUGUAUAAUAUACCACUGACUAUGUCCCAACAUAGACUGCAACACGAAAGAGCACCAUAUAUUAGUGACCAGAAAGAUGGAAAUCCCUGUACAGUCUACUGCAAUCCAGUACAACAGCCCAGUGUCUUACAAUAGUACUCUUUAAGAAGAUUGUGAUCAUUUAUGAUAACUUUUUAGACUAAAACUGUGUUGUUGUAAUGGAUUCAAAAUACAACAUAUAAGAAAUACUAAUGCAAUCCAGUACACCACAAUUCAGCCUUGAAAAGUUACUAUAAAAGGUAUUUUGCGGUUCCUCUCUGACACAGUCUCAACAUAAAUUGAACAUACUAAGUUAUUAUUUGUUGCAGAGCUAUUUUUUGGGGUUGUAGUACUGCAUAUUGUACAGGUUAUUUUAUUUUGCUGGUCCAUGUUAGUUCGUAAGUCCAUAUUAAUGGAG